CCUGGUCAACAAUGGAACUGACAACUCUCGUCCUCGUUUCUGCUUUCGUGGUGCUGGUGUCAUUAUGGUAUGCCUCGAGGAAAAAGGACAGGAAUCCGUUACCCGGACCAAUCGGUUUACCAAUUGUUGGUUACUUGCCUUUCAUGACAACCAAACCUUACAUCAAGUUUACAAAAUUAGUUAAGAGAUACGGCCCCAUCUACAGUGUUCGUCUCGGAAGCAGAAAUGUGGUCAUUCUGGCUGAUUUCAAUGUGACCAAGGAAGCUUUCGCUAGCGACGCUUUCAUGGGAAGGCCUCCGGAUCUUCCUUUCGACCUCAGCGAAACGACUAAAAAAACUGGAGCCUUCCUUGAUAUGCCAUGGAAAGAACAGAGACGUUUUUCUUUGCAUAUGUUGAGAGAUCUCGGUUUUGGCAAAACCAAGAUGGAAGAACAUUUAAAAGAAGAAAUUGUCGAGCUGUUAGAACGUAUGGACCAGCUCGAAGGAAAACCCACUAAGAUGUCGAACAUCUUGGCUCCAAGCAUGUCCAACAACAUCGCUUCCUUGUUGUUUGGCAAACGUCUGAAGCAUGACGAUCCCAAAAGGAUCAAACUUGACAAUAUGCUGAGUGAUGUUGGCAAGUUAGCUGGAGCAACUGCGUGGCAACUGUUUUUCCCAUUCCUUAACAAUAUAUUUGAGAAAUUUGAAAUCGGAAACACAGGAAAGCUCCUUCAUGCUCUCAGAGAAGUGAGACAGUAUGUCCGAGAUGAGCUCGAUGAGCAUGAAAAGACUCUGGACCACAAUAAUAUUAGGGAUUUUAUGGAUGGAUACUUGCUUGAGAUGGAAAAGAAAGUGAACGACCCCAUGACAACGUUUAAAAGGGAUGUUCUGGUCGACUUGGGUCGAGCCUUCUUUGGUGCCGGAAGUGAAACUGUUCGAAUUUCCGUGGACUGGAUGCUGCUGAUUUGCGCACAUUUCCCCGAAGUUCAGAGGAAAAUGUACAGCGAAAUUCAAGAAGUCCUCGGGCAUGAACGUUUUCCAACUAGGGCGGACCACUUGAACAUGCCGUAUACAGAAGCAGUCAUUCUUGAAAUGAACAGAUGGAAGACUAUCAUUCCUAUAAACUUGAUGCGAUACACUUUACAAGAUACAGAGUUGAAUGGAUAUUUCAUCCCUAAACACUCUUACGUAUUGUCAGUCAUUUAUGCCGUCCAUCACGACAAAAAGCUGUGGGGAGCAGAUGUAGAAGAAUUUAAACCGGAAAGAUUCCUUAGCGAAGAUAGAAAGAAAGUGGUCAAGCCCGAGUUCUUUAUUCCAUUCUCAAUAGGUAAACGCCAGUGUCCGGGAAAAGUAUUCGCAGAGGUAGAAGUAUUCCUGUACGUUGCAGCCAUUCUGCAACGAUUCGAGAUCUCACUGCCGCCCGGUAAACAGGCGGAUUUGGAGGGAAUGUUAGGAAUUGGACUUCAACCUAAAAGACAGGACCUCGUAUUUAAACGACGCUCAUAACUUUCUUCAAAUUUUAAAACUCAAGACACAUUUUUCUGAUACUUUAUUAUGACAGAGUGAUAAAAACUCUUCCCGUUUUUUUUUUCCUUUCCUUAUCCUUGUUUUUUGUGGCAUUCCACGAAAUACUGUAGAGAUUUGUACUAAACAAGAUAAAGCUUUUUAAUAUUGUUGCGACUAUUUAAAAACAGCAUGACAUCAUAGUUUUUAAGCUCUUGUUCAUAAUAAUGUUUUUUCUAUAAUUAUGUUGUUUGCAUAAUGUUCAGAAUUUUUGUUUUGUUUUUUUACGUACUUGAGUAUAGAUGAAUUUAGCGAGAUUAGCGGAGUCACAUUAAUUGAGCCGUUUCUGCUGAAAACUAACGUCAAUUACUUGGAAUUCAUUAAUCCGUUCAGUAGGAUUUUUAGAGAAAUGCAACAGUCACCAUCUACGCGAAUUUUUAAACAGCAAUUACUAAUGUGAAGCGAAGAGAACAACUAAAAAUAGUUUGUGUUUAAGAUAUAACUAUCCUAUUUUAUUCGAAACAAAUGCUGUAUUUUAUAAAAUGACUUUUUGAUCAAUACCUCACAUGAUGAUUAUCAAGGAAAUGACUCAACUUUUGACCAAACGCCGCGCCGUAUAAGCAAUGAACAAUCGCUAUACAUUAGACUCCAAAAAUAGAAUAACGCAGUCAUGCAGUCAUUACAAGUAGUUACCUAUUCUACACUUCAACCGCAGCAGCUAGCUAACAGAACCAGCAAAUAAUUGUCUAAAAUACAUGCAUUCUUUUGAGUGCAGUCUGUUUUAACUCUUCUGGUCAAUGGGCAACAAUAUGCAUAAACCAGUAUCAAUGCAAUGCAAUGCAAUGCAAUUGUUCUCAUUUGAAGAGCAUGGAGAAGAAAGGUAAGAAGGCAAUUUUUCCAGUGUUUGAGAAAAUCACGAUUGAAAGUUUAAAACCCCAGCCUUUCUUCAUUAUAGAGUCAAUUUUUGAGUGAUUUUUUUUUUUUUUUUUUGUCUUGAUCUAUCUUUUUUCUUACCUGUCCAAUUGGGGCAACUAAUUCUACUCUACAAACACUUACUGUUGUUUUAUGGUACUUAAUUCGAAAAAAAAAAACACAUUUCGCUUUUCCUCUGUGCACUCUUCAUUUGUCUUCAUAUGACCUAAAAUCUAAACUAUACUUUAGAAUUUAGGUAUUAAAGUAUAAUUUAGAUUGUCUUUGAUUGUAAUAAGCAUUCGAUUUACUUUUAGUUUUAAUUCCAAUUGUAAUUUAAUCUAUUCUGUCUUCAUCAAAUUCUUUCUGUGAUAUUAAGUGCCUUUGUUACAGUGCCACUGUUGAUUUUUUUUAUACAGAUUUUAAUAA